AAGAAUAAAAAAGUUCAGAUUAAUCUGUGUGCUAAGAUGGGCCACCUCUAAUUUGGGAAUCAUCUUGGAUGAAACCAACCAACAAUCCUUUCUGUUUCUCGCCGAUUCAAGGCCAUGUUAGUUUCACUCAAGAUAUCUGUUUGCCAGUGGAGAAAAUAGGGAGCAGACUUUUCUCCAACCUUCUGUGAGAUACCUUGUGCCUAUGUGCUCCUUCAUGUGAUUUAUUUUAGGCAACUAGAAGGUCUAAAAUUGAGGUAUAUUUAUAAUUGAAAAAAGUGGAAGCACGGAGGAGCCAACAAGGAUCUUGUUAAAUGGAUCACUUUGAUUCAAGAGAAAGAGAGCUUAAGGUAGAUAUUGAAAGUGGUGGGACUUCUAGUGAAGAGGAAAGAACCAAUGAUAAUGUUUCAGCAAAUGGACAAACAAAGAUGACUUUCAGUAGGGUCUGGAGUGGGCUUUUAAGUUUUGAUGCAUUAGGCAAGGGUGAAUCUGGCAUCAAUUCAUGCAGCCCUUCAUCAAGUUUUGGUGGGGUUGAAUCCAAGAAUAUGGAGUUGUUGAUAGACAAGAGUUCAGGAGAGAGUCCUGAGCAUAAGGCGCUAUUGGAGAAGAAUCAUGGAGAAGAGAAGCAGAAGAAGACAAAUGUUAGGAAGCCUCCCAAACCACCACGACCACCAAAAGGUCCAAUCUUGGAUGCAGCAGACCAGAAAUUGGUGAGGGACAUUGCUGAGCUUGCUAUGAGAAAGCGUGCCAGAAUGAAACGAAUUCAAGCAUUAAAGAAGAUGAAGGCCGCAAAAUCAUCAUCUACAAACAGCAAUCUAUCAGCUUUCAUUGUUACCCUUCUGUUCUGCCUUGUCAUAAUCUUUCAAGGAUUAUGUUCAAGAAGUAGUGGUGGGACGUCCGAUGGAUCUCCUGCACCAGCGGUAGCCUCAAGUGAAGCUUUGGUUUCUAUUCAGUUUUACAAAAAAUUCUCAAACGAAUGAAAGAAGUGAACCUAACCCUACUGCUUUCCUAGUUUUGUUGCAGCGAAGAAACCAGCAGAUUCCGAGAAUGGGAUGGAUGAAAUUAUACGAAUUCCCAUCAUUUUGUCAUGUAAGAAUCUGCUAUCUUGGUUUGAAUGGUCCUUUGUACAAAAAGAAAAAAACUUGGAGGGAAUACUUGACUAUGAUGAUUUUUUGUAUAUAUUUAUUGAAUUUGUAAGAUGUAGCUUGUGAAGUAAAAUAUGCGGUUUAAGAUGUAGCUUGUGAAGUAAAAUAUGCGGUUUAAGUUUCACUUGCUGUAUCUUACCCUUCAUUUCCUGAGUAAGCUGAAAAUUUACCAAGCACAAAAUUACCCAGAUGCAAUGAAGGGCUGCCCUACUA